AGAUGGAAAGCUAUGGCGCUGAGGAUUUGGAUCUCCAGAAAAGAGAAUCAAGCUGGUUGCGUCUUCCAGAGAAGAAAGAUGCCGGUGCAGCUGACAACAGCCCUGCGUGUGGUGGGCACCAGCCUGUUUGCCCUGGCAGUGCUGGGUGGCAUCCUGGCAGCUUAUGUGACAGGCUACCAGUUCAUCCACACAGAAAAACACUACCUGUCCUUCGGGCUGUACGGUGCCAUCCUGGGUCUGCACCUGCUCAUCCAGAGCCUGUUUGCCUUCCUGGAGCACCGGCGCAUGCGGCGGGCAGGCCGGCCACUGAAGCUGCCCUCCCCGCUGCGGCGCUCUGUGGCGCUCUGCAUCGCUGCAUACCAGGAGGACCCCGACUACUUGCGCAAGUGCCUGCGCUCAGCCCAGCGCAUCGCCUUCCCCGACCUCAAGGUGGUCAUGGUGGUGGAUGGCAAUCGCCAGGAGGAUGCCUACAUGCUGGACAUCUUCCAUGAGGUGCUAGGUGGCACCGAGCAAGCCGGCUUCUUUGUGUGGCGCAGCAACUUCCAUGAGGCGGGUGAGGGCGAGACGGAGGCCAGCCUUCAGGAGGGCAUGGACCGCGUGCGCAACGUGGUGCGGGCCAGCACCUUCUCAUGCAUCAUGCAGAAGUGGGGAGGCAAGCGAGAGGUCAUGUACACGGCCUUCAAGGCCCUUGGUGAUUCAGUGGACUACAUCCAGGUGUGUGACUCUGACACUGUGCUGGAUCCAGCCUGCACCAUUGAAAUGCUUCGAGUCCUGGAGGAGGACCCCCAAGUAGGAGGAGUCGGGGGAGAUGUCCAAAUCCUCAACAAAUACGAUUCAUGGAUCUCCUUCCUGAGCAGUGUGCGGUACUGGAUGGCCUUCAACGUGGAGCGGGCUUGCCAGUCCUACUUUGGCUGUGUGCAGUGCAUUAGCGGGCCCUUGGGCAUGUACCGUAACAGCCUCCUUCAGCAAUUCUUGGAGGACUGGUACCAUCAGAAGUUCCUAGGCAGCAAGUGCAGCUUUGGGGAUGACCGGCACCUCACCAACCGAGUCCUGAGUCUCGGCUACAGGACUAAGUAUACAGCUCGCUCUAAAUGCCUCACAGAGACCCCCACCAAGUACCUCCGGUGGCUUAACCAGCAGACCCGCUGGAGCAAGUCUUACUUCCGCGAGUGGCUCUACAACUCUCUGUGGUUCCACAAGCACCACCUCUGGAUGACCUACGAAUCAGUGGUCACGGGUUUCUUCCCCUUCUUCCUUAUCGCCACGGUCAUACAGCUUUUCUACCGUGGCCGCAUCUGGAACAUUCUUCUCUUCCUGCUGACAGUGCAGCUGGUGGGCAUUAUCAAGGCUACAUACGCCUGCUUCCUUCGGGGCAACGCAGAGAUGAUCUUCAUGUCACUCUACUCCCUUCUCUAUAUGUCCAGCCUCCUGCCAGCCAAGAUCUUUGCCAUUGCUACCAUCAACAAGUCUGGCUGGGGUACCUCUGGUCGAAAAACCAUUGUGGUGAACUUCAUUGGCCUCAUCCCUGUGUCCAUCUGGGUGGCAGUCCUCCUUGGGGGGCUGGCCUACACAGCUUACUGCCAGGAUCUGUUCAGUGAGACGGAGCUAGCCUUCCUUGUCUCUGGGGCCAUCCUGUACGGCUGCUACUGGGUGGCCCUCCUCAUGUUGUAUCUGGCCAUCAUUGCCCGGCGAUGCGGGAAGAAGCCAGAGCAGUAUAGCUUAGCUUUUGCUGAGGUGUGACGUAGCCCUCAAGCAGAGCGG